AUGCCGUCGCUCGCGCUGCCGAGCGCGCGCGGGCGGGCGCCGGGCCUGGCGCUGCCGCCGCGCGACGAGGCCAAGGCGCCGCCGACGCCCCGCGUCGACGACGGCGAGGCGACGCCGGCGCCCGCCGCCCCGAAGAACGAGAACAUCCAGAAGCGCUGGGACGCCUUCAGCGCCCUCUACGCCCACAACUUCCGCCUCUGGUCCUCCCCGGCGCACCAGGCCAUGGUGUCCGCGCUCGAGCUCGACCGGUCCAUGGGCGUGCUCGAGGUCGGCUGCGGCGCGGGCUGGCACCUGCGGAACAUCCGCACGGAGUCGGCCUACGCCGCGGGGUUCCGCGCCGUCGACUUCUCGCCGAAGAUGAUCGAGCUCGCGGGCGACCGGUCCGCGCAGGCGGGAUGUAUAUUGUCGGUGGGCGACGCGCAGGCGCUCAAGGACAUCUGGACGGACCGCUUCGACCGCAUCCUGUCGAACCUCUGCAUCCACAUCGUGCCCGACCCGGACCGGGCCCUCGCGGAGUUCUUCCGGUGCUGCGCGCCCGGCGGCGCCGUGGGCUUCACGGUCUGGGGCGAGCGCGCCAAGUCGCCGCUCUUCACGCUGCUCGACGACGUCCUCGCGGAGCUCCGGGCCGCGGGGACGAUCCCGACGCCGCCGCCGUCGGACGCGCCGCCCGUGCGGAGCCAGUUCCACCUCGGCCAGGACGACGGCGCGCUGCGGCGCCGCGCCAAGGCCGCGGGCUUCGUCGACGUCGCGAGCUGGCACGUGCCCUGCGCCUGGCCCCGGGGCAUCGGCGGCAUGCGCCCCGCGGGCGACACCUUCGCCGAGUCCUGGCUCAAGAGCCAGCUCUCGAGCGUCGAGCUCGAGAGGGCGCUCUCGAAGCCGCAGUGGGCCGCGGUGACGCGGGGCCUCGCGGCCAAGGCCCAGGCCCUCUUCGACGGCGGCGCGCCCGUGCUCUGCGACAUCGUCGUCGUCAUCGGGCGCAAGCCCGUGCCGCCGGGCCUGGAGAAGAAGGCCGUCGCCGUCGACUUCUUCCCGCCGCGGGACCCGCUCAUGGACGAGGCGCCCGAGGACAUCCUCAAGCGCAUCGUCCGGGAAGGGGAUCUCGAGGCCUGGCGGGAGGAGGAGCAGCAGCUCGCCGACGACGCCAUCGCCGUGGCGUUGGACAACGAGAAGCGCCGCGCCAGGGGCGAGCCCGAGGUCUUCCCGGGCGAGAAGGUCGCCUACGAGGACAUGUGCGACGACGAGAAACGCAUCGAGGACGCGAAGAAGAUGCACAUCAAGAUGACGCGCCAGGGGCCCCUGUCCAUGGGCGCCGUGUCGAGCAAAUACGAGAAGUGGCUCGCGAAGAAGACCGGCCGGCCGCAGCCCGUGCGCCUCGAGCACCUCGACGGCGCCGCCGUCGACCUCGACGGCGCGGCGGCGGCGCUCGACGGGCAGGCCGUGCGCGUCGUGCUCGCGGCGCCGGCCGAAGAAGAGGCCGCGCCGGCCGAGGAGGCCGCGGCGCCGUUGGCCGAGGAGCCCGGGAAGAAGAAGAUGGGCCUCAAGGGCGCCGUGGGCCGCGGCGCGAAGCGGCGGCCGACGAAGAAGGAGAAGUACGCGCGGGAGCUCGAGCGGCUCGCGGCGGACUACCCCGAGACGUGCGGCGCGGCGUACGACGAGACGCGCGAGGAGGAGGUGUUCCUGCUGGACCUCUACGUGCAGAACGACGUCGCCCUCGGCGACGCGGGCGUGCGGCGCUACGUCGCGGAGAACACGACGGCCGCCGCGCGCCUCGACGGCGCGGCGGCGACGCUGCCGCGGUCGAGCCGCGAGCGCGGCGCCGCGGCCGCGGCCGCCGAGGAGGCGGCCGUGCUCGUGAGCGUCGUCGUGCCGACGACGGGCCGGCGGUCGGCCUUCCACGGCAUGCUCUACGCGUGCUUCGCGGCGCAGACGCACGCGCGGCUCGAGCUCGUCGUCCUCGACACGGGCGCCGCGCCGUCGCCCUUCUUCUCCGGCGACCCCGCGGCAACGGCGGACGCGCGCGUGCGCUACGCGCACCGCCCCACCGGCGCCUACGACGACGACGCGACGGGCGCGAAGCGCAACGAGCUCGUCCGGCGAGCGCGGGGCGCGGUCGUCGUCCAGUUCGACGACGACGACGUCUACACGCCCCGGUACGUCGAGCGCGUGCUGAGCGCGAUGCGCGGCGCCGGCGCGGCGCUCUUCAAGCUCAGCGCGUGGAAGUGGUUCGACGCCGCGCGCGCGGCCAAGCCCGACGCGGACGACGCGAAGCUCCUCCACUGGUACGACAACGAGCGGGACAAGACGACGGGCUACUGCGCCAACUACACGGCCGCGGGCUGGCACUCGCGCAAGUGGGGCUACGGCUUCUCCUUCGCCUUCGACCGGGCCGUCGCGCUGCGCCACCCGUUCCCGCCGACGUACCUCGGCGAGGACUACGACUUCGUCAUGGAGCUGCUCGCGGCGCGCGUGCCCGUCGUCGCCUACCGCGACGACCCGGACGACUCCGUCGUGCUCCACGUGCUCCACAACAACAACUCGUCCGUCGUCGCCAAGCACGAGACGUUCCCGCUGUCGGACCUCGACGCGACCUUCGAGACGCCCAUCGGCGCCACGAUCCGCGACAUGCGCCGGGCCCGCGCCUUCGACACGGAGCUCAGCUCGUACGUGUCCCUGGCGCGCAAGGCGCGGUACGAAGAAGGGGAAUUUAACGUCGCCUUGCGCCCUCUCCGGUGCGCCGGUUUAAGCGGCCCGAGCUCUCGGAAGCCCCCACCCGGGCGCGGGUCCGCCCGCGCCGUUGGCCGCCCCUCUUCGACCAUGGGCGGCGGCCUCUCCAAGGGCCACCGGAGCUCCGCGAAGGACGCCGUCUCCCGCAAGGGCGAGAGCACGGGGCUGCCCCACGGCCGCCUCGCGCUCGGGGAGUCGUUCUUCAAGAAGUCCUUCGCCGUCGAGCUCUGCGCCAAGGCGGGCCUCGCGCCGGCGCAGGUGCGCGAGAGCCUCCUGGGCCUGGGCGCGACGCCGACGCCCGCGGUCGCGGGGCGGCCCUGCGCCGUCGGCGCGCUGACGCUGCGGUCGCUCGCGCCCGGCCGGGCGCCCUGCCGGUCGACCUUCGUCGUCAACGCGUCGUCGUCGGCCAAGGCGCCCGACGGCUCCGGCGACCGCGCGGCCUGGGCCGCGCUCUGCGAGGGCCACGGCCCCCAGGGCGAGCAGUGCGCGAAAUUCGCGCGCGACCGCAUGGAGCACCUGGUCCGGCGGGCCAUGUCCGCGCCCUACGCGACGCCGCCGGCGGCCCUGGCCAACGCCUUCGCCGCGCUCGACGGCGCCCUCGACGAGGCGCGCGUCUGCGGCGCGCGGAGCGGGUGCUCCGCGGCGGCCGCGCUCCUGAGCGGCGACCGCGCGUACUGCGCGCUCCUGGGCACCUGCGGCGUCGUCUUGGUCACGAAGGACCGCCAGGGCUGCCACGCGCGCGAGCUCGCGCCGCGCCACGUGCUGAGCGUCGCCGCGGAGGCGGACCGCGCGCGCGCGGCGGGCGCCGUCGUCUGCGCGGCGGCGGAGCGGCGCGCGGCGCCAGGCGCGUUCGGCUCCGACGAGGCGCUCCUGGGCGUGCUCGAGGCGGGCGACGGCGGCGACCGGCGGCCGCGGCUCUACGCGGCGGAGGAGGGGUCCACGCUGCCCGGCUACUCCUUCGCGCGGUGCCUCGGCGACCCGGCGGCGAAGAGGCUCGGCGUCGUCGCGGAGCCGUCCGUCGUCGAGCACGAGUUCGGCCCCGGCGACGAGUUCCUCAUCCUGGCGUCGGAGUCGGUCUUCGACGCGCUCCGAAGCGACGCCUUCGCGACCAUCUGCGAGGGCCAGGACGACCCGUGGACCGUCGCGCACCUCGUCCUCGCAAAGGCCGCGGAGGCCGUCCUCGACGCGCGGCUCUCGCCGGACGACCUGACCUGCGUCGUCGCCCACGUCGGCGGGCGGCCGGGCGCCGCGCCGAAGCCCGCGCGGCCGCGCGCCGCGGACGCGGCGCCGCUCGCGCCCGUGCCCAAGCCCGCGGCCGCGGCGGCCGAGGCGCCGCCGCCGCGCGCCCUCGACGCGCCGGCGCCCGAGGCGCUGCCCGCGCUCGCGGCGCGCAAGGCCAAGGCGCCGGAGCCGCUCCUCCUCGGCGAGGACGGCGCCGCCAAGGCGCCGGAGCCGGCGGCCCUCGCGCCCGUCGCCGCGCCGCCGCCCGCCGCGGCGAGGGCGCCGCCGGACGACGCCGCGGAGCCCGAGCCGGAGUCGGAGACGGCCGCGACGCCGUCGCGGCGCCUCGCGGCCGGCGCGACGCUGGCGCCCCUGGGCAAGGCGGCGACGCCGCCGGCCCUGGGCCGCAAGCUCCAGCCCCUCGGGUCGCCGCCGAAGGCGCUCAAGCUCGCGCCCCUGAAGCUCGCGCCCCUCGGGUCGCCGCCCGCGCUCGGGUCGCCGCCGCCGCCGAAGCCGAAGGAGGCCCUCGGGCCCGUCCUCGGCUCCACGCCCAAGGCCCGCCUGCGGCCCAUGGUGCUCUACUCGCUGAGCAGAAAGACGCACUUCGAGAAGGGCGAGCUGUCGAAGCUCCACGUGAAAUUCCGGGAGCUGGCGGCCAAGGAGGGCAACCCCUACACCAUCACCCUGGCGGACUUCCAGGAGGCGCUGACCUUCGUGGGCAUCGACGAGAGCGACGGCACGCUGCUCGCCGCCGUCUUCAAGCAGAUGGACCUCACGGACAGCGGCGUCGAGACGGGCCAGGUCAACUUCAGCCAGUUCUGCGCGGUCUGCAGCAGCAUGCUCAGCGGGCCCAUGGAGGAGAAGCUCGACUUCUCCUUCGCGCUCUACGACACGAACGGCACGGGCCUCGUCGAGAAGACGGGCAUGGAGUGCACGGAGCUGGUGGAUACGAUCUUCAAGGAGCACGACACGGACGGCACGGGCUCCCUGUCCUACAAGCAGUACAUGUCGGCCAUCGUCGCCAACCCCAUCCUCACGUCCUUCGUCUCCGGCCAGGGCAAGGGGCCCCUGCUGCCGGCGCCGGCGAACGCGUCGGCGCACGCGGCCUGGCUCGCGUCCUUGAUCGCCUUCCGCGAGACGUGCCUCGCGUCCGUCGGCUGGCCCGGCAACUCGACGGUGUGGGAGGCGCUGCGCUGGACGCGGACGUCGUUCGUGCAACCGCAGAUGCACCCCUACGACCGCGGCUUCUACGACCCGAAGCGGGGCUACACCGUCGACGCCUGGCUCGACGGCCUCGAGGCGCGGUACGGCGGCAUCGACAGCGCCCUCGUCUGGCCGACGUACACGAACAUCGGCAUCGACGAGCGGUCGCAGUUCGACUACGUGCUCGCGAUGCCCGGCGGCGCCGCGGCGCUCGCGAACGUCUCCGCGGCGCUCCACGCGCGCGGCGUCCGCGCGCUGUGGCCCUACAACCCCUGGGACACGGGCACGCGGCGCGACGCCUACGGCCGGUCCGACGCGGCGAUCCUCGCGGCGCUCGACGUCGACACGGGCUUCGACGGCUUCAACGGCGACACGAUGACGACCGUGCCCGAGGCCUUCUACGACGCGUCCGUCGAGGCCGGCCGCCCCGGCGCCAUCGAGCCCGAGGUCGGCGGCGACGCCGCGGAGCUCGCGUGGGGGACGCUGGGCUGGGGCUACUGGGCGCAGACGAUGGGCGAGCCGAGCCCCGAGGCGCCGCCGGUCGAUCGGUGGAAGUGGCUCGACCGGCGGCGGCUGACGCACGUGUGCAACCGCUGGGCCAAGGACCACGCGGACGACCUCCAGUUCGCCUGGUUCAACGCCGACGGCUUCGAGGCCUGGGAGAACGUCUGGGGCGUCUGGAACGGCCUGACGCCGCGCGACGCCGAGGCGCUGCGCCGGGUCGCGACGAUGCUCCGCUUCUUCGGCGCGCGGAACCUGACCUGGGCGUCCGGCUGGGUGCCGCACGCGCCGGUGGGCGGCGCGGGCGUCUACGCGAGCCUCUGGCCGACGGCGACGGAGGCCCUCUGGACGCUGGUCGGCCGCGGCGCGGCGGCCGCGACGGCGCGCGUCGACGUCUCGGGGCGGGUCCCCGAGGGCGGCCGCGUCUACGACUGCUACGGCGGCGCGGAGCUCGACGUGAAGGGCGGCGCCGUCGAGGUCGCCGUCGAGGCCGGCGGCUUCGGCUGCGUCUGGGCGACCGAGGCCGACGGCCGCGACUUCCUCGCGACGAUGGCGGCGAUGACGACGCGGCCGCUCGGCGACUACGGCGCGUCCUGGGUCGCCGCGAAGCAGACGCGGGCGCCGACGCCGGCGACGACGCCGACGGACGACGUAGAACGGGGCAUGACGCGCUUGCCGAGCGCCGUCUUCCGCUACCGGGUCGCGGGCGUCCAGAUCGAGGCCUUCCCGGACCAGAACGGCGUCGACGUCCAGUUCCCCUGGGAGCCCGCGCCGACGCGGAGCCACGACCAGCUCGUGACCGUCGACGCCUUCGACGUGGACACGUACCCCGUCACGAACGCGGACUACGACGUCUACCUCGCCGAGUCGGGCUACCUCCCGGAGAACGCCUACAACUGGCUCAGGACGUGGGCCCACCCGCGCAACGACAGCGCGUUCCACCGCGCGGCGUCCGCGAAGCCGGCGCCGCCGCCGGGCGCCGGGAAGCGGCCCGUCGUCCACGUGGGCCUCGAGGAGGCGCGCGCCUACUGCGCGCAUCGCGGGAAGCGGCUCCCGACGGACGCGGAGUGGCAGUACGCGGCCCAGGGCCUCGACGGCCGCGCGUACCCGUGGGGCGACGCGGACGACGCGUCGCGGCGGCCGCCGCUCGUCGACGACGCGGCGGCGUGCCCGCCGCGGAGCGACGUCGACGCGUACCCGUCCGGCGCGUCGCCCUUUGGCGUGCUGGACAUGGCGGGCAACGUCUGGCAGUACACGGACGAGUUCUUCGACGACCACACCCGCGGCGCGCUCCUCCGGGGCUCGGCGAACUACCGGCCCGGGGCGUCGACCUGGUACUUCCCCCGGGCGCUCCGCAACGACCAGCACAACAAGUACUUCCUCAUGGACGCGUCCUACGAGCGCGCCUCGACGAUCGGCUUCCGCUGCGCGCGCGCGGCGCCCGCCGACGACCGGGGCGCCGCCGCGGACUGCGUCCCCGGCGCCGGCGCGCUCUGCCUGCGGCUCCACCCGCCGGCGGCCUUCGUCGACUUCGACGGCGCCGCGGCCUGGAUCCACUGCGGCCUCGCGGGCACGGCCUGCGACCGCAAGGCCAAGGCCACCGCGAACUUGACGCACGUCUCGGGGGAGGCGACGAGCCAGUUCACGAACAACCCGUCGGCCUUCUCCUGGACGGGCGGCGAGCCCACGAAGAAAACGGCAAAUACUACAAACGGCGUCUUCGCGACGGCGGGCAGCCUCGCGCGCCUCGAGGCGACGGCGCCGGAGGGCUCCGUCGGCGAGCUCACGGUCUUCGCGGGCGCCUACUACGCGGCCGCCGACUUCACGGUCUCCGCCGGCGGCGAGUCGAGGGCCAUCCCCGUGGCGGCGCCCGACGGCCUCCAGACCGUCGCGUUCACGGCGCUGUCGCCCUACUCCCAGUUGGGCAUCCGCGUGGACCCGCAGCGCGUCGAAGCGCAGGCCAUGCUCCAAAAGGCCGCGGAGACGACGCCCGGCUUCCGGCUCGUGGGCGACGCCGCCAUCUCCGCCGACGACCUGGGCUGGAGCUGCGCGCUCAUCGACGGCGUCUUGGAGUUCGAGACGCCGACGCUCGACGAGUGCGCGUGGCUGAGCCAGCGGUUGGCGGAGUGCGGCGCCGUCGACGCCGUCGAGCUCUUCGCGUCCACGGCGCUGGGCUACUGGGGCGAGUUCCGCGAGGCGGCGACGCCCUACGCCGACGACCACUGGGACUUUGACGUCGGCGCGCUGCGCCGCGACGGCUACGCGAUCCUGCGGGGCGCCGCGCCCGAGUGGCGCGCGGCCGCGGCCGGCGCCGCGGCCGCGGGCGCGGGCAACCUGACGGGCCAGGGCCACGACCUGCGCACGGACCGCGUCCACUGGGUCGACGGCUCCGCGGCGCCGGCCUUCGCGGGCGCCGUCGGGGCGCUCAAGUCCGUCGCGGCGUACCUCAACGGCCACUUCGUCGACGGGCCGGGCUUCCUAUGCCGGGGCCCCGCGCCGCCGGCGGCGCCGGCGACGGCCGACGCGCCCCUCACGGUCACGAGGCACGUCCAGCUGGCGACGUACCGGCCCGAGGUCGACGGCUCGGGCGGCUACACGCUCCACUCGGACAACGGGCCGUCGUCUCCCGGCAAGGCGAAGAAGAACGGGCGGCACGUGACGGCCAUAUUGUACCUCAACGAGCACUGGGACGAGGCCGACGGCGGCGCCCUCGAGCUCUACCCGGACUCCGUGGACGACGCGGCCGUGCAGCGAGUGCUGCUCGGGCAGGCGGGCCGCGCGUGGACGCCCGCGGACGAGCGGAAUCUGGAAGCCGCGCUCGCCGGCCACCGCCGCGUCGAGGUCUGGCCCGAGGCGGGCACAGUCGUCGUCUUCGACUCGCGCCUCGUCCACACCGUGCGGCCCGCGAAGCGCGACCGCCGCGCGCUCACGCUCUGGAUGUCCAAGCCCGCGGACGGCGACAUGCUCCCCGUGGGCCGCGGCGAGGUCUACAACGACUUCGCGGGCAGGUGGAUCGGGGACGACGAGUAA